AAAUCGAGGGGUGGAAGCCCAAAUUUCCUCCAUGUUCAGUAAAUUAAAACAAUCACAAUUAUUGCUUGUAAUUUGUAUUUAUUGAACUCGCUGCUGCUGCCCCUGUUACUACAAGCACUUCUGAAUCCGAAAUACCGAAGGUUGUGGGUCCAAAGAGAGGGGAAAAAAUGUAUGUUCAGGAAAUGCAUGUUCCAGCCGUGUUUGACCACCGACGAUUACAGGUUCCUGCCCUGCCGUGCCCAGGGUGUGUCACGAAAUGUUGAGUUUUGCAUUUCAAUCCGCUCGGACAUGUACCCUGAACACGCACGUGAUUGUAAGCUCGAGCUGAAAACAGUAAUUUUCAGAUUAGAGUGCAAGUUAUUGCGGAAGCUUUUGUAUACACUUCAUAAAUUACGGCUAAUUUUCAGUUGGAAUUGAGUCGUAAGAUUAACUAUCUUUCCAACAGGAAUUUCUGAGAUUUCCACUCAAACAAAAAUCGCCAACAAGUAGGCAAUCUGCGCGCCACUCAAAGCAUGGCUCUUUGGCCAGCUCACAACGUGCGCGGCAUCCAAGUUGGCCGGAACGUCCCUAGCAACGGUUGCUAACCACGGCCACUGUGGCCGCGGCCAUCCAAGAACUCGCUCAUUUCCAAACUGACCACGGCUUCAGUCGGGAAGAAUCUUUUUUUUGCGUUGACGCGAGUGAUUUGCAAUUUCGAGAUUUUUUCAACGGUUUCAAUCCGCGCGUGAUGAAUUCCUCCGGUGUGCAAAUGUGGCGUGCCAUGAUGGCACUCAAAGUGGGCGAUUAUCGAAGCAAACCGUUCUUCUCGGGACUAGACGAGCACAUCACGGACGAUGCCGGCGGGUUCGGAACCGGCAAGGACUACCCGAACGGAUUCCACAGUACGGGUAACUGCUCCCGCUCGUCGCCCCACUCGAACGGUUCCGAGUCGACGGAACGGUUCUCGCGGAAGGUGUUUGUCGGCGGACUUCCGCCGGACAUCGAUGAAGAGGAAAUCACCACGUCGUUCAACCAGUACGGAGCGCUGGUCGUCGAUUGGCCGCACAAGGCCGAGUCCAAGUCGUACUUUCCGCCGAAAGGAUACGCGUUCCUGCUGUUCCAGGAGGAGCGCGGCGUCCAGAAGCUGAUCGAGACGUGCCACCCGGAGGACGACAAGCUGUACAUUACGGUGUCGUCGCCAACCAUCAAGAACAAGGCCGUGCAGAUCCGGCCGUGGCGGCUGGCCGACGCCGACUACGUCCUGGACGCGUCGAUGCCGCUCGACCCGCGCAAGACCGUCUUCGUGGGGGGCGUUCCGCGCCCGCUCAAGGCUUACGAACUAGCCACCAUCAUGGACCGGCUGUACGGUGGGGUUUGCUACGCCGGAAUCGACACCGAUCCGGAGCUAAAGUACCCGAAGGGUGCCGGCCGCGUUGCGUUCUCCAACCAGCAGAGCUACAUCGCGGCCAUCUCGGCCCGGUUCGUGCAGCUGCAGCACGGCGACAUUGACAAGCGCGUCGAGGUGAAGCCGUACGUGCUCGACGACCAGAUGUGCGACGAGUGCCAGGGUCAGCGCUGCGGCGGCAAGUUUGCGCCGUUCUUCUGCGCCAACGUUACCUGUCUACAGUAUUACUGCGAGCACUGCUGGGCCCACAUCCACUCGCGCUCGGGCCGCGAGUACCACAAGCCCCUCGUUAAGGAGGGCGCGGACCGGCCCCGGGCAGUGCCCUUUCGCUGGUGUUAACGCCAGCCGCCGCGAUCCGUCACGAGCGGUGCCGCGGCGGGCAGAACAGCGCCAUCUGCCUUCGCGAGCGCCUCCUCGUCGACCAGAUCGGGCACCAACAGCAACAACCACCACCAACAGCACCACCAUCAGCAGCAUCACCAUCAAUCAGCUGCUGGCUCUUCCGGUUCGUCCAAUGCCGCGGCCUCCCUCGGCAGCAGCACUUUUCACGGCUUUGGCCAACCCGGAUCGUCCAACUACGUUCCACCACCGCCCUCGUUCCCCUGGACCAACUCCAGCGGCAUGGGCAACCUGGGGCUCGGAACCGGUUCCGGUUCCGGAACGUCGGGCAAGCAGCCCCGCACCAGCCAUCACCUAGGCGGCGGCCACCGCAUUCCGACGGCGGGCGGCUUCCUGGCCCCGCCACCGGCCCGCUACUGUUCCGGUGGUUCGGCUGGAAGUGCGGCCAUCAGUGGAGGCGCCAGCGGCAGCAGCAGUCCGUCUUCCUCGAUCCGGGCCGGAAGUGCUGACCAGUUGGCCUUUGGUAAGAAACAGCAGGAGGACAUUAUGAAGCAGCAUCACCGGAAGAUGCAGCAGCAGCAGGCAAUGGCUGCGAAUGGUGGCGCGAUUGGGAACUAAACAAAAGAAGAACGCCCCCUUUUUUCAUAUGAAAAGCGAACUUUUAUAACCAUUUAGCGAGAAAGGACUAACGCCCCUUGGGGCGAACCGUUUUUUGAUAAAACUGAGAAAAAAAAACUAAUUUUCACCGAAUCAUUGAAACAAAAAAGGAAAACUUGAAGUAUUAUAAUAGUUGCUGCGAUUGAUGAAAAUAAUAAUAUAUAUAUUUAAUGUAGUAAGAAGCAAAAAAAAACAAACAGAAAAAAUGAUGAUAAGAUUGAGUUACAAACCAAAAUAAAUGAAACAAAAAAAACUAGUUGGUACUAUUUAUAAUUCGUUCACUUUUUAUAAAGAGAGACGCGUUUUUUGUUAACUUUUUGUACGAGAAAAUCGAGAGCUAAACGAUUAUAUUAAACAAAACAAAAACACACACUUUACAAAUUGUACAGCUCUAUUGACGAACUUAAACACUAGAAGUUGUAUGAAAUUUGUACUUUUUCACUCCAAAAUAUCAGCCAGAGAAAGCCAUAAAUUCAAACUCUCACACACACAAGAAUGAUGAGUAUGAUAACUGUAAAUAGAUAAGUCACUGCUAGGUAGAGAGAAAGAGAGAGGAAAAUAAGGGAGAGAGGAGCUCCACACACACAUUUUCAUACAAAUCAGUUUUUGUGAUAACUAUUUUUGUAGAAAUUGAAUAAACCGUAGCCAGACGGGAGAAAAGAAGCGAAGGCGGAAGCAUACGAAGAAGAAACAUCUCACAGACACACACUUACACACAUACGAAUAUCAUCACGCUUUUUGUAUCGAAAGUUGCGAGAGAACAAAAAAAAACAAGAGAACGAUUUGCAUGAGGGAUAGAUGUUUUUUGAUAAGCUGCUAUUUUUAAUCCUAGAACAUGCGAUUAAACUCAAAUAUAUAUAAAAUAGUGUAAUCUUGAAAUGUACGAUUUCCGUUGUUUGUUACAGAAAAACAAAAUGCUAGCCAAUUUUUAGUUAGUGCAAAUUUUGUUGUUUAUUUCCGUUGCGUUAAACUUAUCAAGAAAGGUUAAAUAACACUCACUGUUGUUGUAAAUAUAAUGCGCAAACACGUGCAGAAAAAAACCAUAAGAUGUAUAAAGCAGUAACUAGCUUUUUAAACGAAACGCGGGGAGUCGUGUAAAUAGUUAGCCAAACGCAGCUGGAGCAGUUGGCCCCGCGCUGAAGGCGAUGAAUUUUACUCUAUAGACAAAAAAAAAAUGACUGGAAAUAAGAAAAAUGCAGCUGUUGAUUUGUUCGCUGUCUUAUUUUGUUACUUUAGUUUUAUUUCUGUUGUGAAUUUAUCAUUCCAUUGUGAAACCGAUUUACGCGAAGAAUUCGAUAACAACCGAUGUAAAUACACAAAACGAAAGUAACAAUUCCAUAGCUAAUCAAUAGCCUCUCCAGUAACCAAAAUUCAUAAACUUGCAAGUGCAAAAAGAAAACGCUAAACAUGAAAGAACCCAACAAAACAAACCGUAGAUAGUUGAAAACUAAUAAAAAUAUUUGAAAACUGACACUUUACAGAUUUGAAAAAGAAGAAAAAUAGUUACAUGCAAUCACGUUGAAUCAGAAAUCCGUAGACAAUUUCGUUAAAAUUUGUGUUAAAAUCAAUCAAUUUCUCUUUAAAUCCAAGUCAACUUCAGUUUUGUUUCAGACAUAACCGGACAUCAAUGCAGAGACCAAGGUUCUCUACUAUGGUAGUAUCGUCAUUGAUCCGCGAUUAUUUCAUUGGCGAUAUUUCACAAAAAAAAAUAAACAUCAAAAUGAACGUUUUAAGCGAAUUAGUGUUUACAAAUUCUCUGAAACUUUAAUAACAUUUACUUGACAUUUUGAAAGAAUUUUGUUUUGCUUUCCUCGAUCUACCAUCGACAAAUAACGACUGACGGUCGAGAAAAUCUCGAUCUGUUUUUGAAUUAUUAUUUUUUAAAUAUAAUCAAAUUUUUGUUACCCUCAAAUAUUUGUUCAAAAUCAUAAUUUUUUUAAAGUAUUAAUUUUUUGUUAAUUUUAGAAAUUGAAUUCUUUAUUUAUUUUUUAUAAAAAAAUUGUUUUUUUUUUAAUUUCAUGAAUUUAAUACUUUUUUAACUGUUUGAUUUUUUUAAAUGUAAUGUUGCUUUUAAUUUUUUAAACUUUGUAAUUUUUUUUAACUGUGUAUAUAGUUUGAGUUUAAAAAAAUACGUUUAUUAAUUUUUAUUUUUUGAUCUUUUUGAAUUUUAUAUUUUUAUUUUAUUUUUUUAUUUGUAUUUUUUUGUGUGACAAAAACAGAGGGAGAAGCGAAAGCAAAUAAAGAACAAAUGCCUACCACUAACACCACCAGCAGCGCGUGUAAGAGUGAGCCAGUGAUGCCAGGAAACUUCCUCUGGAAACGCUACUUUUUGUUAGUUUAAUCCUAAAUGUUUAAUCCUAAACAACAUGAACUGACAGCCGCGCAAAAGUGUGUUGAAAAAAAAAAGUUGGCCGAUAAUAGAAAUUUCGUGGGGAACAGAGCAUUCUCGUCAGACGAGAAUAGAUUUUUUAAAUAAUUUCGUAAAAUGCUUGUAAAAUAAAUAGGAACAACUUUGGUAAAAGUCAAACUAAACUGAAUUAUUCACAAAAAGCUGCUCUACUGGUUGGCGUACGUGGUUUUAGUAAAUUUCAAGGAACACCCCGGAUUAUCGAACAUCAUUCAGACAGCACUGCUUAGAGUGAUGGGAAUUGGUAUGUUUCCCCUAAUCUCUAAUAAAAAUUCUUAAACAUUUGAACACGCCAAAUAAAUCUUUCCUGUCGACCCUACUAUUUUCAGAACCUUUACUUGGACAUUCUCUUGCUAUUUUACUAGCAAAAGUAGUGUUUUUAAAACAAAAAACUGCAUUUCAACACUAUUUUAUCCAGAGCAGCAAAUUGCCUGUUCCAUAAUUGUGUGAUGUUAUAAUGCCUCACCGGUGACACCGGUUUAGUCUAGGUCAAGCAUUAAAACGCGUUUUUCUUGAAACUUCAAAAAGCAACGUGCGACACGAUCACGUAAAUUUCCAGACGCAUUUUCCACCAGACUGUUCGUUCACCCUUUAAAAUUGCGAGUGACAUCAACAAAAAUAAGCGAGAAACCUCGGCUAGCUUUGAUCGGUUUUGAGAAAAUUUUGAAUAUGACAAGUUGAAUUUCACAAUGUUUGUGAAGUUUUAGUAUUUUGUAUUGACCAAGAACGUUUUUGUUAAGAAAAUUAACGCAAAUUUUAACUUCUUUGUGUGCAACUUGCUCGAUUUUUUGUUAUACAAUUAGAUUACGUUAAUAUAAAAAAACAUGAAUUGAGUAAAAGCUAUAAAAGUUUUAGAGAGUUUUGUUCAAGGAAUUCGUAUUUAAAGUUUCAUUUCAGUGAGAUAUUGACGAUAAAGCGCGAUAGAAAUCUCAUUACUGAUGGUGAAAUCGUGAUCACAAUUUCACAACAUUGAAAAUUUUCUUUUUUUCUUACAAAAAAAAAUCUUUUCUGUUUCACAAAACCAAAAACGUCUUUGAAAUAUAACCGACGAUCGACCGUCAGUGUGGAACAAAAUUAGUCACGACAAAUGGAACCAUUUUGCAACAGUAAUCUUCCAAUUAGCGAACAAAAGUUUAAGGUAGCCUUUUUCACAUAAAAACUACAAAUUACACACUCACACACACUGAAGGAAUGGUUGGACGGAAGCCCUGCUAGAGGGCUUGGGUAUGAUUUCGAAAAGCAAGGAGGCAAAUUUUUUAGUAGAAACAAUAUCGUAAUAAAAAAGUGUAUAUUUUUGUACUCGAGUUGCUCAUUGUAAACGAUUGUUUCUAACAAAAGAUAAAAGUAGAAAAUCUUCCACGUGACCACCAUCAUCUUUGUUGACGGUGGAUUAUAUCAAUUGACCACGCACACAAACGUGAGUAACUGAAUCUUCUAAAAAGCAAAUACAAAAAGCAUAAACUGAUUCGGAAAAGAAUACUAAAAAUUAAACACACGUUUCAAGGUUUCGCAGCAGAAGCAGAAAAUCUAAUUUUUCUAUCAAUUUAUUGGCUCGUUUCGACUCGGCAAAGGUGACGACUACUGUAACACUGGAUUGAGGAGAAGAAUUCUAACGAAAAAGAACAAAUACAAAACAAAUAGAUCAAUAUUUUUCCACAAAGAACACGUUAGGAAAAUUCUCUUAACAAAAAAAAACAAACCAUUUUUGGAUAUGUGUUCAUCGAGUAGCUAUUUCAUACGUGCAAAGUAAACAAAAGUCUAUAUUUUUAAAACAAACCAUCAUCGAAUAAACAAAAUGGAAGACAAAGAAACAGUUUUCAUACCAACACAGCAACACUCACACACACAAAAAAACUUGGAGGAACGCGAUCGUCGCUCGUGCAGUUUAAAUAAAUCAAUACAAAAAUCUCUGAUAUGAAAAAAAAAACAUAAUAGCAAUGCGAAAAGUAUAGUAAUCAAGUACGUCUAGUACAAAUUCAGAAGAAGAAGUGGGUAAAAACAACUCGAAACACACACACAAACAAAAUCAACGUAGAUAAAUUGAAUUUUUAGUGCUAUUUUUAAACUGUUUUUGAGUUGUAGCAAAAGCUCACUUCUUGACAGAAUUUUUAAACCGUUUCACCGUACGUAGGGUAAAACAAUAAACAAAAAAAUGGCCGUCGACUUCGAUCAAAAUGGCGGCGGGAAAUGCUAUCUUGGGAAGCGAAACCAUUCGACAAGCACACACACACACACAAGGCACGUCAAAGAGCAUCAGUGCUUUCGUACCUGAGAGAAAAAAAACACACACAGACAGACACACUCGAAAAAUAUUGCAAAUUUUGAGGAAAGUUGAAGCGAGUGAAAAAAGUGAAAAGUGCGCGAAGAAUUAUAUUUUUAUACGGGGCAAUGAAAAGGCACACACGCGUUAAAGAUCUUGACAGCGUCGUUAAAGUUUCGUUAAGUUUCGCGUGUUGAUUAUUGUUUGUGGGGAAACGUAAAAAAAAUGGCGACGCAGUUGUGUGAAAAAGGAGCGUAAAAUAAACAAAGUUUAGGGUAUAAAAACAAACCAGUAACGAAUGUGUAGCGGUUACAGUUUUACACUCUUUUUUCUACUAUUUGUAUGUAAAAGCUAUCGUAGUAAAUUAAAACGAGACGAAAACACAACAAAAUAAACUGCAAAUGGAGAGAAAUACCCAUGCUGACAAGGAGUAAUAGAAACAAAUAUUACAUUUAAAAUAUUAACUAACGAUAUCGGCGAACUGCCGUCGAGUCGAGAUAAUAUCUAAGAAAAAAUAAAACAUCGUUUUUGUACUUCUUAACUACUAGUAAGUGAGCAAGAGACAAGAAUAUCUAGCGUAGUAAAUUGAACGAAAUGACACACACGGAAAUUAACAAACCCGAUCAAAUCAGUAUAACUUGACAAUUUAAAAAAAACAAGAAAUAAUGUUUAGCAUCUCGUUACAAGAUUUCGUUCAUAUCCAAAAGUGUUGAUCACACCAGAAAAAAAGCAAGUAGCUUGUUUUUUUUCUUUAUUUCUAGCGCCAAAUUUUAACAGCAAACUUUUUAUAGCGAAAUUUCAAUAGCCCUUCCCCCAUCCUUGGACUGCCCUUUUCUAGGAAAAAUUGUUUAAGCAAAUUUAGCGAAAAAUAAGACCGGUUUUUAAAACAAUUUCACAAUAGACGUUUGGACAGCCAAACAUGUAACGUAAAUUUCUGAUAGCUGAAGGAAAAAUAAUCAAACUUUUGUAAUUCGAAUUUGAACAGAAAAAAAAAUAAAAUAGAGAUAUUAAAAACAAAACACAAAAUACAAGAUAGUGAAAAAAAGGAUUGAAAACAUAAACAUUUUUUUUUUUUUGAAAUGUCAAAAUAAAACUUUUUUUGAUAUCCAAUAUACAUGAAAAAUUGAACUUUGUUUUUACCAAAAAAGUGGUAUCAAAAACGCUCAACCGGAACAGAUUAUCUCUGAGUUCUAGAGUAAAUUUUCAAAACAACCUAUGAGUCAUGGGUUUCCUAUGUAGAUAGGACCUUUGAAAUAUAGAGUUAUGUUCAUUCUGGUGUUGUCAAACCCGAAAUUACACAGGAUCUAGUUUUGCGAGCUCUUUUACUCAGUUUCAAGUAAAUUUGACUCGCAGUUGGGUAUUUUUUGAUAAAAUCUGUGGAACAUUCACUCAAAGUUUUACUACUUAAAAGAAAACUGUUAGAACUCAAUUUGAGUACGCUUGAUUUAAACUAAGUUCGUCCAGAAAUAACUCAGAAAUGGUUGAUUACUUCAUUGAGCGUAAAGUUUUUUGUGUUUUCUCUUGUUUUGUCGUGUGUCAAGCUCACUCGAAAAAAAAAACAUUUUAGAAUAUUUGUUUUGGACAAUUUUACUAAAAUUUAAGUAAAGUUUCUAGAACUUCCAAUGAAAGUAACCCAAACUUGAGUAAAACUCAGAUAAAAUUGAGUCGAAAGAAUGCUGUCAAAAAUCGUUCCUGAGUUGGUGCGCUAUUGACAAAUUCAAAGUAUUUUUCCAGAGACAUUAUUUUUUUGUCUGUUUGUCUGUAAUAAUGUCUGACAUGGAAUAAAAAUUGAAAACAUAGAAGUGACAAAAUCUUACAUUAUUAAAAAUUCGAUGAUUUUAAGAGACUUUGAACCAUGCAAUUUUGGAAUAAUAUCUAACGAUUGCAAUAUUUUAUGUAUUAUUAUGUAUUAUGUAUUAACCUUAAGGUUUGUAAAUGUCAAUGAAACCCAAAUUUUUUUUUGAAAUUUUAAGAUUUUGCACUGUUGCCAUUAUUUACGUUUUAUACUUUAAUUCUUUGGUUGCUACGAUCAAUAAUCCUGUCAGAAAAUUACUAUCUAUGUAAAAGAAGUGUGAUUUUGUAUUUAUAAAAAAAAGAAUACCACAAAUGUAUGUGUAUUGUUAACGAAAUCCUAAAAAAAAUAAACUGACAAAUAAAUUCUUCCCACCCUCAUCUUUGUACACGAUUAACCAUUGCAAAAGCCAUUAUCAGCUUGAAACUAAACGAACGAAAUGCAUAAUAAAAACAAACUAAAAAAUCAGAGACGUUCGAUGUUUACCGAUUGCUAUUGUUUCUCUAUUUUUUGUAUAACCGCAGUUAUCUAAUAACAAAAAAACGAACGCUGAAAAAAAUGUUAAAAGAAUGUUCUGAAAGCAAGGAAUGUAAACAAAAAUCAGCUACGCAUCUCAUAUCGGCAGCUAGGUAAGAAUGAAGAAAAAAAUCUAAGAAAAGAAUACGAAUAAAUAAUACAACAAAAGAAAGACAAACAAAUCUGCAAUAUCGAUUCUCAAUGUAAAGUGAAAUAAAAAUCAAGCAAAAAAGAAUAGCUGUUUGAAAUUUCAAGAUAUAAAAACAAACACGCAGACAAAAAGGCAUGGGCGCACCCUCGUGCGUCCCGAUGAAAACAUGAAAAUAAAUAUUAAACAAAACAAAAAUCCACCAAAAAAUACAAGUGUAGAACCUCUCCAUCCCCUCUUUGCAGCAGAGUACGAUUUACUCUGUUUAAAUUUAAAAUACAACAUUAGCAACAAAAAAAAAAGAAAACCUUUGCCAACGGACAGACUCGAAACAAAAAAAAACUAAUAAAAGCAAAAUUUAAGACCGAUGCGAGAAUUAAAGCAAAAAAACACAGAAAAUGGACCAUUUAAGCUUCCGGAAUUUUGCGUUUCGAAAAAAACGGCACUUUUUAUUGUGAAACAAUGGCGAAAAACCAAAACAAAAAAAAAACUUUGGCUAAAAAUCAAUUUGGCACGUGCUUUCGUUUACUCGACGCGACUGGGCGCAAAGUGUCAAGAAAGGAGGAAGAUUAAGCAAGAAAAACAGAAAUAAUUGCAAACGAGGAGCAUGAGAGAGAGAGAAUAUAUAGCAUCUAACUAAUAAGUACAUAUAAUUAAAAAUUAUGGAAACAAGAUACUUUUUAGUAGUUUUUUAUUAUAAUUUUAGAACAAUUUUUUCACAGAAAAAGUAAUAAAAAAAUAUUGACGAAAAAAAUAUUUAAACAAGUAAUAAGCAAAAAAACAAAGUAAAGUAAUGAACUUUAGGUGAAUGGAAUGUUUUUAUACUCGUAGCUGAAAUUUUUUAAUCAGAAAUGAAAACAAGCAAAAGUCGUAAAAAAAAGAAAACUAAUUUUUGAGACAGAAAAUAUUACCAAAAAAAUUAAAAUUAUAUAUGAAAAGUAUAUAUUAUACCAUUAAACAUUUGAAUAAAAGUAAACAAAAAAAAUGAAAGAAGAAAACCAAAUAUCUAAGAGACAAAACGCGGCCGUGAGAGUGGGAGAGAGCAGUCAUGAUAAGCAGCCCCUCUCUCGGCUCUCUCAAAUAUGUUCUGUUUGAUCUUCGUUUUUGUUUAGCUAUAAAACCAUUUUUUCAACCCCCCACCUCGGGUUCCACAGUUAAGCCUACGUAUUGAUUAUCGCUAAAUGAAAAAAAGAGUAAAAAUUAUGCAAACUUUCUCGUCACGUAGUUUUGUUCAAAGUUGUUUAUAUUUUCCAAGCGGCGAAUUUCGUUCCAUAUUUUAGA